GUCCCUGCCCCGUCCGCCCCAACCCCCGCCGCUGGCCGGACUAUAAAAGAGCUGGGCCUUCUCCCCCGCUGUCACUCACACGCUGAGCAUCACUGCCCACAGAGCUCCACCAUGAAGUUUGUGGCUCUUGCACUCACCAUCCUCCUCGCUGCAGGUUCCCAGGCACGGUUCCUGCAGGCCGAUGAACCUGCCGCCCCCCCCUCCCAGUUGGAACAUGUGAGGGCAGCCGUGGGUCUGUACUUGCAACAGGUGAAGGAGACCGCAGAGAAGGCCAUUGCCCACCUGGAUGAUGCUGAGUACAAAGACUACAAAGACAAACUUACCAAGAGCCUUGACACUGUCCAGACCUACAUCCAGACAGCCUCCAAGACCUUGGCACCCUACACCGACACAGUCAGCACACAGGUCAUGGAGGGCACCAAAGACAUACGGGACAAGAUCCAGAAAGACAUAGACACUCUGAAGAAGGACCUGGAGCCCAUGAACAAAGAGCUGAAGGAAACGGUGAGAAAGCACGUGCAAGAUUACCGCGAGAAGCUGGAGCCCCUGGUGAAGGACUACAUGGAGAUGCACAAGAAGGAGAUGGAUGUGUUCAGGACCAAGAUGGAGCCCGUGGUGGAAGAUCUCCGUGUCAAGGUCGCCGCCAACGUGGAGGAGACCAAGGGCAAGCUGAUGCCCAUCGUGGAAAAAAUCCGUUCUAAGCUGACCGAACAUCUGGAGAAACUGAAAACCAUGGCCUUUCCCUACGUCGAGGAGUACAAGGAACAGCUGACCGUGGCCGUAACUAACAUCGAGGGCCAGGUUACCCCUCAGGUGACUGACCUGCAAGCCAAGAUCGAGCCCCUCAUCGAUCAACUGAAGGCCAAGAUUUUGUCUAUGUGGGAGAACCUCAGCAAACCCGUAGAUGCAUCAGCCUAGAUGCCCCCUACGCAACCACCCCCCCCCCCUCCCCGCCCCUUUGCCCAUGGCCAGCUCUCGCCACCUCACAUGAAAAAACCGAGGAACGUUGGCACCCUGCCUGCCCCGCGACAUCAACAGAUCAAAGCAACGAGACUCUGUAUUUCUUAUUCCAGCACACACAAAUGCACGCACAGCGCCUGGAACGCCACACACUGCCUGGAACGCCACACGCGGGUUCCCAUGUGACCACAGAAGUCUGACUACCGUGCCAUAGUUUGGAAAGUGUGUGCACCCGCUAGCGUGUUUUCAGUGUCUCUGCAUCCUGGUUGCCCUUUUGCUUUUGGAAGGAAACUCUGCAUCACCAUCAUGCUCUUGUUAUUACCUCCCCCCUCUUUCACCCACAAUAAACACACACACAUCCAUCUAUUCCCAUCUUCCCUAACCUUUCACAUGUAACAUUUUAGCAAUAAAAUUGUCUGUUUCCUACCCA